UCUCCUUCUUCCCUCUCUUUUUUUUAACAUUUUUUUUCUUUCAUUUCUUCCAAAUCCUAAACAAAGCCGAACCAAACCCACAGCCUAAGAACAAACCGAAAAGUAGAAGCAAAAACCAAAGCUGGGUUGCAAGUAAAAAAAGUUACCCUUCACUUUAGAUCUCAAAUCUUAUGAACCAACAUGGCUUCAGCUUGUGUUAACAAUAUAGGUGUCUCGCCUGACAGUUUCCAACGAUACGGUUGGUUGGGUCGAAGGAUGUCCUUGAGCCGAGAAGUUGAGCCUUCUAAGACUAGACCCAAGACUGGUCGGUCUAAGCCUACAGAUCUUGUUGAACUAGAGAUCCAAGAAACUGCACCAGCUGGUGACUUUGAGUUCAGGCUCGAAGAUCCUGUCGCCAUGCUUCCAGCUGAUGAGCUUUUUUCUAAUGGUAAGCUCCUGCCUUUACAUUUCUCGACACUCAAACAACAACAGCAACUUCCAUCGUCUAAUACCAGGUCCCUCAAAACAGCGAAAUCUUUUCCAACUAUGGAAAUGGAUCCAUACUUGUUUUCUCCCAGAGCUCCAAGGUGUUCCAGCAGGUGGAGGGAGCUUCUGGGUCUUAAAAAGUCUUCCCAAAACACUAAUCAACAACACCCAAAAACAGAGUCUCAAGGCCCCAAAUCUCUCAAGCAUUUUCUCCAUAGAACUACAAAGUCUUCAUCUUCAUUGAAUCUACCACUGUUGAGAGACUCGGAUUGCGAGUCGGUUUCCAUAUCUUCAUCAAGGUUAUCCCUUUCUUCUUCGUCCUCAGGCCACGAACACGAAGAUCUCCCGAGGCUGUCACUUGAUUCCGAUAAGCCCAGUCCCAACCCGUUUGCCCCCUGCAGAAAUUUAAACCCGAACCCAAACCCAACAAGAGCAGGACGGUGUCAGAUCCGGAGGGAUUCAUCGACAAGCAGGGGAAUAUCAGUGGAUAGUCCGAGAAUGAGCUCGUCGGGGAGAAUCGUGUUUCAGAGCCUAGAAAGAAGUUCAAGUAGUCCGAGUAGUUUCAAUGGUGGUCCCAAAAUUAAACAGAGAGGAAUGGAAAGAUCGCAUUCUGGUAAUGUAAGGAUCACACCAGUACUUAACGUCCCCGUUUGUUCAUUGAGAGGAUCUUCAAAGUCAGGCUUAGUUUUUGGAUUGUUUUCAUCUUCCCAGCAAAAGACUGCAAAUGGAGGAAGCAACAGCAAAGGUCGUCAAUGUAACAGCAGAAGCUAAUUACAUAUUUUCAUGUGAUAAUUUUAUCUGUCAUGGGCGAUAAUUACCAUUAAUCCCAGAUUUUCUUUCUGUUAUGAGUAAACAGAAGAUGUAAAUAAUUCUGUUGUUACCCUUGUUUACGGACAUGGUUGACUUAAGGCUCUUUUGGAGGCUAAGCGUAAGGUUAGUAGUACGUAUUUUGAACGGGAAAAAGAUGAUGAAAGGCAAGGCUGGUUACAGCUUGAAAUGAAAGGUGGCCUUUUGGUUUUUGUCUUAUCGAUCUGAUCUGAAUGAUAUGGA